AAGCUAUUUCGGUUGCGGGCCGUUUAAUCGAUCUUGAGCGGACCCACAACGGAUUCGUUUCUGAUACGUGUCUGCGUGCGCGCUGACCGGCUCCCAAAAGACACUUUCCCACAAAUUGGGAAAUGUAACUUGUCCACCUUUUCGGCCGCGGGCUAUGCCUUUGUUGUAUCUCCCGCGAAUAUUGAUCUCAGUGUAGCCAGACGCCCGUUCGCCCACUGGAAGAAGCCCUGUCAAGAUCUCCGACCAGAAUGGGGAGUCGAUACUGGGAAAAAUUAGUUCUUGAUCUCGUAGCUUUUUUCUAUGAACACAACUUCAUCUGCCAGACUGGACUGAUCGCCUUGUAUUUAUACCCAUCCACUUUCAACCGAGUCUUUACACUACCCCCCUCUCCCCUGUCCAUUCAGCUCUCAAGAAAUCAUGACACCACUCUCGUCUGUAUCUGACGCUCGCGGAACUGAGCAGUCCUUCGAUAAAGCCAAGAAACACCUAUGGGCUUCUGACUCACCGAGACAUGAAAUGAGCGGGCUUAAUAGAUACUCUGAGCAGCCACGCGGCCCACACCUUGAGGCAGCGCAGCGUUCCAGCGACCAUGACGAGUGCCACCCCAACUCGUAUGGCGACCCCUCAACUUCUCAGCGAAGAUCGGAGCGAAGAGGAUGUGUGCUGCCUUCAUCUUCCCGGAGUAGCCCGUACACCUUGCCACCUCUCUCCCGCGAAAGAACGCAUGAUCGAGACGUUCGUCCUUUACCUUCUCGAUUCACGAAGUUCAUGGACCACUCGGGACAAGAAGGACAGUUUGGGCGCACAGCUUGCACAGACUCAGAGACCUACCCCGAAAGUCAGCAACAACGACCCGUAUCGUUAUCGGUUUUCAACUCGCCGACGGCGACAUACGCUUGGGAGCGCUACGAACCUGAAUCUCAGAUGACCCAUCCGCGCCCCCUUUAUGUCGAUUACGUUGGUCGAAAUUCCACGCGUUCGGCAUCGUCGAGUUCUAUCUCCAGCUUGCGUGACUCUCCUGGCAUGCCCUCUCCGGCACUAUCUGAUCGCAGCCUCUCCACGCCUACUCUACUACCCCAAAAACGAAGAAGCUCGUCGCCAGGUGGACAUCAUACGUACCAUGCACCUUCUGUUACGAAGAUCGUGGAGCCGCUGAGACAUGUAAACAUUGACUUUGAUCAUAGCCGGCCUCCUGUGUCCUUCAGGCCUUACCAGCGAACGCCUACCCCUCCUGAAACGAUCAGGAGUCCACCCCUGCACAGAUCUCAAUCUGAUCGUCAUGUUUCGACGAAACACAGCAUUACAAGCGACGGUGACGAGCGUCACCGCCCACACGAACACAGUCCCUGCACUAGUGAUACCAGUGAUCAAUUACAUGGUACCCGCCCAGCAAUACCGCCGAAGUCGGAUUCAGAGGAGUGGGAGAAAUACGCUUGUUUUACUCUAGAUGGUACGACACGGAAAUGGCUGUGCACCUGGCCAGCAGAGUCGGGCGGACAAUGCAGAUACAUGUCCAAGAAGCAGCUAGUCAAACGCCACGUUGAAACAACUCAUUUGCGUUAUAAGCCGUUCGUAUGUGAUGUAUGUGGCAAAGGUUUUCCCCAGAAAACUUCACUUGAUACUCACAUGCACGGACACACUGGAUCCACGCCGCACGCAUGCCGAUAUAAUUGUGGGAUGUGGUUUAAGGAUCCAGCACGUAGACACAGGCACAUGGUCGACGAGCAUCAAUACGUUCCAAGACAGUCUAAGAAGAAGCACACAAGUGGACAACCCCAAGACACAUCGGACUUCGAAUCUGUGCAACAAUGGAAUGUCGCUAGUGCCCCUUAGUGCCUCCCCGUUCGACCAGAAGGCUAAUGCGUAUCGGUAUUAAUGCAAGCCAAUGAACCGGCUGACGUUUGU